ACCCUGCCGAAGGCCGCCAGCUGGUUCAUGCGGAAGGUUAAGAAGCUGCGCCUGGACACCGGGAACACAGGGCAUUGGAGAAGUUUCUCGCUGAAUUCCGAAGGGGCGGCAAGGAUGGCCACGGCGGAUGCACCGUCGGAACGGGGCGACACCGUGGAGAUGGAGGAGCCGGGAUCCCGCUUCCAGGUGCAGAAGCACUCGUGGGAGGGGCUCCGAAACAUCAUUCACGGCAGCCGCAAAUACUCGGGCCUCAUCGUCAACAAGGCGCCCCACGACUUCCAGUUUGUGCAGAAGACAGACGAGUCGGGCCCCCACUCACACCGCCUCUACUACCUGGGGAUGCCUUACGGCAGCCGAGAGAACUCCCUCCUCUACUCGGAGAUUCCCAGGAAGGUGCGGAAAGAGUCCCUGCUGCUGCUGUCGUGGAAGCAGAUGCUCGAUCACUUCCAGGCCACACCUCACCACGGUGUCUACUCGAGGGAGGAAGAGCUCCUGCGGGAGCGGAAGCGCCUGGGGGUCUUUGGCAUCACCUCGUAUGACUUCCACAGCGAGAGCGGCCUCUUCCUCUUCCAGGCCAGCAGCAGCCUCUUCCACUGCCGCGACGGGGGCAAGGACGGCUUCAUGGUGUCUCCCAUGAAGCCUCUGGAAAUCAAGACUCAGUGUUCAGGGCCUCGGAUGGACCCCAAAAUCUGCCCUGCCGACCCGGCCUUCUUCUCCUUCAUCAACAACAAUGACCUGUGGGUGGCCAACCUGGAGACGGGCGAGGAGAAGCGGCUGACCUUCUGCCACAGAGGUUUGUCCAAUGUCCUGGAUGACCCCAAGUCUGCUGGGGUAGCCACCUUUGUCAUUCAGGAAGAAUUUGACCGGUUCACUGGGUACUGGUGGUGUCCCACCACCUCCUGGGAAGGUUCAGAAGAUCUCAAGACGCUUCGCAUCUUAUACGAGGAAGUCGAUGAGUCCGAGGUGGAGAUCAUUCAUGUUCCUUCACCUGCCCUAGAAGAAAGGAAGACGGAUUCCUACCGAUACCCCAGGACAGGCAGCAAGAAUCCCAAGAUCGCCUUGAAGCUAGCAGAAUUUCAGACAGACAGUCAGGGCAAGAUCGUCUCGACCCAAGAGAAGGAGCUGGUGCAGCCCUUCAGCUCACUCUUCCCGAAGGUGGAGUACAUCGCCAGGGCCGGCUGGACCCGGGACGGCAAGUAUGCCUGGGCCAUGUUCCUGGACCGGCCCCAGCAGCGGCUCCAGCUCGUCCUCCUGCCCCCAGCCCUGUUCAUCCCGGCCACGGAGAGCGAGGAGCAGCGGGUGGCGUUCGCCAGGGCCGUCCCCCAGCACGCCCAGCCGUACGUGGUGUAUGAGGAGGUCACCGACGUGUGGAUCAAUGUUCACGACAUCUUCUACCCCUUCCCCCAGUCCUCAGGAGAGGAGGAGUUCUGCUUCAUCCGCGCCAACGAGUGCAAGACCGGCUUCUGCCACUUGUACAAAGUCACCGUGACGCUGACGCACAGUGGCUACGACUGGACUGAGCCCCUCUGCCCCGGGGAGGAUGAAUUUAAAUGCCCCAUCAAGGAGGAGAUCGCGCUGACCAGCGGCGAGUGGGAGGUCUUGGCCAGGCAUGGCUCCAAGAUCUGGGUCAAUGAGGAGACGAAGCUGGUAUACUUCCAGGCUACCAAGGACACGCCGCUGGAGCACCACCUCUAUGUGGUCAGCUACGCGGCGGCCGGCGAGAUCGUGCGCCUCACCACACCCGGCUUCUCCCAUAGCUGCUCCAUGAGCCAGAACUUCGACAUGUUCGUCAGCCACUACAGCAGCGUGGGUACACCCCCCUGCGUGCACGUCUACAGGCUGGGCGGCCCCGACAACGACCCCCUGCACAAGCAGCCGCGCUUCUGGGCCAGCAUGAUGGAGGCAGCCAGCUGCCCCCCGGAUUACGUGCCUCCGGAGAUCUUCCACUUCCACACGCGCUCCGACGUGCAGCUCUACGGCAUGAUUUACAAGCCGCACACCGUGCAGCCGGGCAAGAAACAUCCCACCGUGCUCUUCGUCUACGGCGGCCCCCAGGUGCAGCUCGUGAACAACUCCUUCAAAGGAAUCAAGUAUUUGCGGCUCAACACACUGGCGUCCCUGGGCUACGCUGUGGUGGUCAUCGACGGCAGGGGUUCCUGUCAGCGGGGACUCCGCUUCGAGGGGGCCUUGAAAAAUCAAAUGGGCCAGGUGGAGAUCGAGGACCAGGUGGAGGGCUUGCAGUACGUGGCCGAGAAGUACGGCUUCAUCGACCUCAGCCGCGUCGCCAUCCACGGCUGGUCCUACGGGGGCUUCCUCUCGCUGAUGGGGCUGAUCCACAAGCCCCAGGUGUUCAAGGUGGCCAUUGCAGGCGCCCCGGUCACUGUCUGGAUGGCCUAUGACACAGGGUACACGGAGCGCUACAUGGACAUCCCCGAGAACAACCAGCACGGCUAUGAGGCGGGCUCCGUGGCCCUGCACGUGGAGAAGCUGCCCAACGAGCCCAACCGUCUGCUCAUCCUCCACGGCUUCCUGGAUGAAAACGUGCACUUUUUCCACACCAACUUCCUUGUCUCCCAGCUGAUCCGAGCAGGAAAACCUUACCAGCUUCAGAUCUACCCCAACGAGAGACACAGUAUUCGCUGUCCCGAGUCUGGUGAGCACUACGAAAUCACACUGCUGCACUUUCUACAAGAAUACCUCUGAGCCCAGCCUUGGCU